AUGGUUGCAGACCAGCGUUCUAAGCCGCGUAGCCAUGGCAAAGGGAUGAUGCGUGCGGUAGCGACAGGGCCUAAUGAUAUCCCAGUCUCCCUUGAGUGGGGAAACAAACUGCUCAACACUGCGGAAGGAACUAUUACGAGCGAUGGGCACGCGGAAGGGACUCAGCGGCUUUUGGAAACGCAGUGGGAGUCUGGGUCGGCGUCGAUCCUAAGUGAAGAGGCUCCGGGCGCGACGACGGCUAGCAACAGGAAGUCUGCAGAUGCAACAGAAGACGGCUACAGGCCAGACUGA